AUGUCACUCAUGUGCCACCGUUUAAUUCGAAAUGUAGCAGCUGAACCUUUCCUAUAUGCUCGCAGCUUUCAGCAUCAUAUUCGAUUUUCGAGCGGGAUGGCUUCCAAAGACCGUAGCUACGAGGAUGCGAUAAAACUCCUAGACACUUUGCAGUCCAACCGAGCGAUCGUUUCUUCCAUAUCAAACACAUCGAAGGAUAUGAACCUACAUGCUAUACCGGAAAUGCUAGAGUGGACGCGCAAGGCGGGUUACGAAGCUGGAGAUUUUUCAAAGCAUGGACUGAAGUGUAUACACGUAGCUGGGACAAAAGGAAAGGGCAGUGUAUGCGCUAUGAUUGAUAGUAUUCUGCGACGGUAUCGAUACGAAGAUGGUGACAAUGGGGUUGUGCCAGGGAAUACAAAACAAAAGGCUCUUGGAAAGAUUGGGCUAUAUACUUCACCACACCUGAUGACAGUGCGGGAGCGAAUACAAAUUGAUGGCUCUCCUAUAUCCGAGAUCCUAUUUGCGCGUUAUUUCUUCGAGCUCUGGGAUAGAUUUGCCGAUGCUGCUUCCGCAUCUGAUACCCCGCAUCCAAAUCCUACUUCGUCAGAGACCAAGCCUGGAUAUUUUCGCUACCUUACUAUCAUGGCACUACAUACAUUUAUGAAAGAAGGAGUAGAGUCUGCCAUCAUCGAAUGCGGCAUUGGAGGGGAACAUGAUAGCACGAACAUACUACCUGCGGAAGCAGUCACUGCCACCGCGAUCACGAAACUCGGCAUCGAUCAUGUUGGAAUUUUGGGAGACACUGUUGAUAAAAUAGCUUGGCACAAGGCUGGUAUCAUGAAAAGAGGCGUUCCAUCGUUUACAGUUCCGCAGCUUGAAGAAGCGCAGUUUGUUCUAGAGAGUCGCGCAAAGGAAAAAUAUGCUGAAUUGAAGGUUGUGAAUCGACAUUCAGGGUUCAAUGACGGAACCAUUGAACUAGGAGCUGAAGGAGAGUUCCAGAAGGAUAAUGCGAGUCUGGCAAUGGCUGUCUCGGCAUCACAUUUACAAGCACUAGGUUUUGAAGAUGUACCCAGCCCUUCCGAACUCUUAUCUUCUCAGCAACCAAUCCCAGGCCAAUUUCUAGAGGGGCUAAAGUCAAUGAAAUUGGCCGGUAGAUGUGAAGUUGUGGUAACUGGGAAUAUCACAUGGUUCAUCGAUGGUGCUCACACAGUGGACAGUAUCAAGGAGACUGGCCUUUGGUACGCUUCGAAAGUCACGCGCGCCACCGAGGAGGAAGUCGCCCCCGACACGAAAAGCAUGCUAAUCUUUAAUCAACAAGACCGCGACCCCAAGGCACUUAUCGUGACACUACUACAGAGCAUAUCUGACUUUCGUUGGAAAUCAUUUACUUUUGCUGCGUUUUGUACCAAUACACCUUUCAAGAGCGAAGCCAUUAAGAAAGGUGACAAGGAUCUCAGUCAACAGGAGUCGGCAUCCAAAUACUAUUCAUUGUUAGAUUGUAACCAACUGUGUAUGGAAUAUGCGAGUAUUGAAGAAGCUGUAGAACUUGUGCACAGGGUAUCGAAAGACGAGGAACGAUUUUUUGUUCUUGUGACUGGAAGUCUGCAUCUGGUCGGUGGGCUGAUGAAGGUUCUUGAACAGCAGAGGAGUACGAGAGAGCGAGAACUACAAAAGCCCCCCGAGCCCAAAAUAGGUAUCAAACGGUACUACCAUAAGAGGACGGACUAA